AUGCUAGCUCGAGGAGCCAGCAACCUGUAUGUCAACUACGGGACAGGGCCGGGUAUAAAAGGCACCAUGGCGAUCCUGAACUGCCUGCUGGCUCGCCAGUUGUGCUUCGAGGACGCUUCCUGCUCCGCUAUACUUGAAAUCAUACCGCGCGUCUGUGGAUCUGAACUUGUGGCUUGCUCAACGGUGACCGUGACAAAGUGCCAGGCUGCACUGAGGACCCUGCAAGCGUUCCCGUUCUUUAAACCGACCUGUCUCUGUCGAGAGCCGAACGUUGAUCCCGAGUGCAACUCAUUCCGCGACUUCCUCUUCGAUCAUCCCUGCGUGUUCGUCAUGAAGAAGGAGAAAGAUCCCUAUCCCGUGGAGACUCUACCAACGUGCACCUAUGCUCUGAGCGUCUGUCAUAGCGAGAAACCCUGUUCCGUGCUGUUCGAGAGAUUCAAGAAUGCCUGCAAGGCCCGUGAUGGGGAAUGUCGUAUGGAAGACAGGGAAGCGUGCCGUGAAGCCUGGUCUGGACUGCGUCUAUCACCCCUCUUUGGAUGCAUCUGUCCUAACACUCAUAUGAAGAAGCGAUGCGACCGUAUUUUCGCCGUCGUGAACCAUAACCCAUGCGUUGAGCGGAUUGGCAAAGAGAACGGUAAAUCGGGUGAUGAAAAGGUGGCUCUUCAGUCUACGUGUCACGUUGCUUUGGACACCUGUAUCAAGGACACUGAAUGCGUGGCGUCUCUAACUCCGGUCCUUCAGAAGUGCCAUUCCACCGACUGCGACAGGGAAGGUUGUAUGACGGCUCUACGAGGGUUCUACAGGAAACCGAGCGUGAACUGGAAUACGGAAAUUGCUUUCUGCCUAUGCAAGAAAACUGACAACAGGGAAGACUCUUGUAUGAACGCGCAAGAGCGUUUACAUCCUUCUUGCGCACAGCGACCUCCCCUCGGGUCCCCGCUUCCUGCCUGCCAUACCCUGGCACAUGCCUGUAGAGAAGACCCAGAGUGCAGAAUGCGCCUUGAGAACUACGAGCAAUGGUGCGCGGUAGACGCUGUAACCCAGGGUUGCGCUGGCUCCCCGGCAGCUUGCCGCUCUGCGGUGGUAGCUGUUCUAGGAACCCAGCUGCGUGCUGCUUGCGCCUGUCGUGGGACUGACUUCGCCCAGCUCUAUGACUGCCUUGGCUGGCAGAGGCUGCUUUGGCUUAACCCUUGCGUCGUGGAAUCACAGCACGACUACCACAUGAAGACGUACGGGUCCCUUCUCACAACCACGCCUUUCGAUAACGGAAUCCGUUACAUCACCGUUCCACCGGAACCAGCAAUUCACCACCGAACAACCACUCAUCACCACCGACAUACCACUCAACAUGGCGCCUCGCAGGUCGAGCAGGAAAACCGCGAAGUUCUGAGCCCCAUCACCACACUGUCAGAGCAAACCGUUGGACCUAAUGAGGUGGGGCAGAUAUCUGAACCGAUAGUAGAAACGACCCCAGAAACAACGACCGUGGCUACGACAACGACGACUGCAACUACAACGACAACCACUACGACUACAACCACCACCACUCCAAGACCCACAACAACUCUUGAACCAACAAAGUAUUGCAUUGUGAAGAAACCUGAGAGUGAUGAUGAAGCACAGUAUAUCAAGAUGGGGGAGACUAGGAGGCUAUACCGAUCAGCGGAGCUUGCGGAAUGCACAGACCUCUGUGUGUGCGAAACGUCCCUUCAAGUAUCGUGCAAAGUCGCGUGUGUACCUCGUGCGCCGUGCUCUUCGCGUUUGGCACAUUACUCCCACGCUGCACCAGCGUAUCAAGCUUACAGAGGGAGAUGCUAUUGUUAUUCGGGCUCUUUUAUUUGCAUGAGGCCAAAUCCGGGCGAGUACAAGCUGCCCGAGGGCGUGUACCUGCUGCUGGGCUUCAGCGCGGUGGACGAGGCGCUGCUGCGGCCGCACACGGGGCUGGGCGCCGAGGAUGCCGUGCGCCUGCUGCAGCGUUACCUGCGCCACCUGCGCCCCGACCCAACAAACUGCACGCUCACUUUGUUCAACAUUAGCAACGAAAACGUCAUUAUCUCCGCCAGCAUUCCACCACGACAGCAAGAGAUUCUCAAGGAGUCUGGUGAAGACCUGCUGGAUAAAGAGAAAGAAGCGUGCAUUGACGUGCUGAAAAUCGUCAAGUCUCGCAUCAACUCUCAACACGAAGACAUUUCCUCCCACCUUCUGCUUUCGAUCUUCAAGAUUGCCGAAGUCGAUGUGGUAUACCCAACGCCGCCUAGUUCCGCUGAUAUCGCUCACCGACCUGAUGAAAAUAUUUAUAUAUUCAUCGUCCUUAUCGUACUUAUUCAUAAUAUCAAACAAUGCAUCUCAUUCUUUCUUACCUUCACAUUCCUCAAAGAUAUAGUCAAUUAUUUUUCAACUUUACUUAAACAAUCUGUCACUGAUAAUUCAAAUUAUUCAUCAAUUAUCGUUCCUUUUCCCAAAAAGAGUUAUAUUUUCGAAAAUAAAAUCGACAUUGUAUCUACUUUGGGAUACUUCGAAGAAUUUAUCAAAACUAAUACAGUAGAUAAUGUAAAAUAUGAUAAAAUGCACAGUGCACUCGCUUUAGAUGACGCACGUAUAAGUGAAAUCACUAAGAAAGAUAUAGGUGAUGUUGAAAAUAUAUUUGUAAAUAAUUAUAAUGAAUCGAAACAUAUCAUGAAAGCUGUGAGUAUUACAAUAUGUACUAAUUUUAAUAUACUUGUUGUCGAUGCAAUUAUACUGAAAUAUUUUUCUAGAAAUGUGUAUUAUGAAAUUGAAUGUACUAUUAAUGAUUCUACGAUGCUUUUUGGGGAAUUUCAUUUUGGAAACAUGACGUCCUUGUCUUAUGGAGUUGUAAAAUUCGAUAGUUUAGGACUGACUCUAGCGGUAGUAUGA